AGUCAGUCCUCGUUCCGCAUCCGACCGUGUUCCAUGCCGUGUUCGCUAUGUGGUCCACGCUGAUCAUUCCCGCUCAUUAUGCCCGAGUUCCCCGGACCCCCAGAUAAGCAGACUCGUGCAGGUGAAUGUGACGAGCAGCAGCAUGUGCGAAACGUUAAGGAUCCCGAGGACCCAUGCGAUAUCCCCGAUCCUUUGCUUCUCACCAGGCCCACUUGGGUGGACGCUCCUCGGGCCUUAGCUCACAUCAGAAAAACCAACGGAGAUGGAGGGGUCGGAGAAGGGAGCAACAUGUGGUCCCUUGUGGUUAGGGCGUGGUGGCACGCUCAACUGGGAGGACUCGGUGGAUGUUUGGGGAGGCACGCGGGGAAAUCCCUCUUCGUCUCCCUACUCGUCCUUGCCACUCUCUGUGUCGGCCUCAAGUCUUCCCACCUUCUCACCGACCUCAACGCCCUCUGGGUUCAAGGCAAGCUCCCGCUUUCAAUAGCUCCAAUUAUCUUCGCUCUUCCAUUCGGUGGGAGAUUGGCGAGGGAAUUGUCGUACGUGGAGGAGAGCCUGGGGGAGGGAUCGGGGAGCAUCAACCACAUCCUCAUCCAGGUCUUCCCCAACAACAAUGUGUUGAGUCCCGGAGAGCUGCUGUUGCACCAGGAGGCCUUGAGGAUCGCGACACGCGUCACGGUGGAUUUGUUCGAUGCGACGUGGAAGCUGACGGACGUGUGCGUGGCCCCGUCCGUGCCCAGCUUCGACGCCUUCUACAUUGACCAGAUCCUCGAAGGCCUCAUGCCCUGUGCCAUCAUCACCCCUCUUGACUGCUUCUGGGAAGGAUCCAAACUCCUCGGACCGGCUUUCCCUCUCUCCGUCCCGGGGGUCGCGACGGGUGUGCAGUGGAAGAGCCUUCACCCCCGAAUCCUCUUGGAUCAACUGAAGAACCUGCAGCUCCCUUUUCCCUACGACACCCUCACGGAUUUUCUGAAGCGGGCCGGGAUCACGUCGGGAUACGUGGAAAAGCCCUGUUUGAAUCCUGAGGAUCCCGAAUGCCCUCCGACGGCCCCGAACAAGGACAAGGGAUCCCCGGACGUGGGGGCAGAGUUGACGGGGGGCUGCUAUGGCUUUGCCACUCAUUACAUGCACUGGCCGGAGCAGCUGGUGGUCGGCGGCUUCGAAAAGAAUCGGACGGGCCACAUUCGCAAGGCCAAAGCCAUCCAGUCCGUCAUUCAGCUCAUGGGGGAACGAGACCUCUUUGAAUACUGGUCUGAUAUGUACAAGCUUGCAGGAGCAGGAUAUGGACCUCGAGGGGCUUCUGGAAUUCUAAAAGUCUUUGUUGUUAAAAAGGUGCAUAACAUGGAGUGGAGCGUAGAGAAGGCCCGUGCCGUGUUGAACAAAUGGGGGGAGGAGUUCCAGGCGGAACUGGAGGCCUUCCUUAGUCUCAGGGGACGGGGAUCGGGACCGGGAGGCGGUCGCAUCCUCUACUUCUCCUCCUCUUCUCUGGACACGCUGCUGAGCUCUUUCUCGGACGUGUCCCCCGUCCGGCUGUGCCUGGGAGUGGUGGGAAUGCUCGUCUACACCCUUGCCGUCACCUGGUCCCUGAGGCUCGCCUGGAUCGGCCUCACCGGCGUGCUCGCCAUCGGAUUCGCGGUUGCCGCCGGCCUCGGACUCGCGGCCCUCCUCGCCAUCCCCUUCAAUGCCACCACCACCCAGAUUGUACCUUACCUGUGCCUGGGUGUUGGAGUGGACGGUCUCUACCUCCUCCUCUUCACUUUGCAUCACCUGCAGAGCAAUACAUCCAUCCCUGUCUCCAGAUGGAUGGGAGAGACGAUGAAACGCUAUGGAUUCCCCCUGCUCGUGAUGGGGUUGGGAGGGAUCGGGGGAUUUCUCGGGGGGGCUCUCAUUCCCCUCCCGGCCAUCCGCAGCUUCUGCCUACAAUGCGCCAUCGUGUUCGUUCUCACCACGCUCACCUCCCUCCUCGUCCUCCCUGCCAUCGCUGCCUUGCUGCUCUGCAGACGCGAGCGGCCGAAGACGUCCAAGGAGAUGAUGUUCGAAGCGGACGCCGGGAUCGGGACCGGGACUGGGUCUCGGCGGUCGUUCUCGCUCGGGGAUUUCAUCGCCGGAGUCUACGCUCCGUUUGUGAUGCGGAAGAGUGUGCGGAUCCUGGUGGCAUGCGUGUUCCUGUGUCUAGUCAGUGCCGGGGUGUGGGCCAGUGCCAGGAUGAGGACCGGGUUGUCCCUCACUGACGUCAUCCCGCGCCACGCGGCCGAGCACGAGUUCCUCCACGCCCAGGCAGAGUACUUCGGCUUCUACAACAUGUACGGGAUCACGGGCGCAGGGUUCGAGUAUCCCGGCGGAAAGCAGCAGCGGUUGCUCCACGACUACCAUGCUGCUUUCGUCGCCGUCGAGGCCAUCAUCAAGAACGACGACGGGGGUUUGCCUCCCUUCUGGCUCCAGCUGUUCAGGGACUGGCUUAGAGACCUUCAGAGGGCAUUCGACGAGGACUGGUCCCGUGGUGCAAUCACAGAGGAGCGAUGGCACGACAAUGCCUCUUCCGAUGGUAUCCUCGCUUACAAACUCCUAGUACAAACCGGACACGUGGACAAUCCCGUGGACCGCGGUCAGCUGACUCGCGUCCGCUUAGUGGACCACGAUGGCAUCAUCUACUCUCCGGCCUUCUAUAACUACCUGAGUGCCUGGGUGGGGAACGAUGCGUUGGCGGCUUCCUUCUCCCAAGCUUCCAUCGUCCCACAGCCGAGGCCGUGGUAUCACGUCCCAAGGGAGACCGAUCUUCGUAUCCCGAAGUCUCCGCCCAUUCGCUUUGCUCAAAUCCCAUUUUACCUUGCCAAUCUGGAGGAUUCGGACCACGUCACACGCACCGUCAUUCAGGUGCGUGAAAUCUGUGAUGAAUUCCAGGCACGUGGACUGCCCAACUUUCCCAGCGGAGUUCCAUUCACCUUCUGGGAACAGUACGUGGGUCUUCACGGUUACCUGGCUGUGGCCUUGGCCUGUGCCAUCGGUGGUGUGACCUUGACCCUCGGCCUCAUGUUGGGGUCCUUCUGGGUCGCCGGGGUAGCAGCGGCGGUGUUGAUCGGGGUUCUGGCCAUCCUCUGGGGGGCCAUGAGCGUCCUCCUCGGCCUCCGGCUCAGCGCCGUCCCCGCCGCCACGCUUUCCCUUGCCAUGGGAAUGGCAGGGCCUUCAGUGUGUCUCUUCAUUCUGGGGUUCGUAUCAGGAGUCGGGGGUCGCGUGCGAAGGGCGAGCCUCGCCCUUCAGAUGCUGGGUCCUCCGCUUCUUCACGCUCACGUGUCGUCUGCUCUCGCUCUCGCUCUUCUCGGCACGGCUCCCUUCGACUUCAUCGUUCGGUACUUUUUCGUGGUGCUUCUAGUCCUGGUGGUCCUGAGUGCCUUGAUAAGUGGCUUUAUCCUGCCCGUGAUCCUUUCCCUCAUCGGUCCUCCUCCAGAAUUCCAUGCAAAUGGGAACAUGGACUGGUGCGUGAUGGAUGUCCUGGCCGACGAUUUCAAGAAGGCACCGAGCUGCACCAAGACGAAGCACUUCCUGCCGCCGCCUCCACCGUCGACCCUGGGGAGUAUGGACAAGGGGGGGAAAGACUCAGGAAAACGACGGCCGUCUCAGCUCUCCCUGUCCACCAUCACCGAAGAGCCUACAUCUUUGCAUAGCUCGCACGAGAUCGUCGUCGAGCCACAGCUGGUGGUCGAGGCGCAGGUCGGCGCUCCUGAUGCGGGAUCGUGCAUUAAUCCAUCUUCCAAUACGGAUAGCAGUGGUGAUUAUGGAAGUAGUUGCAAUUCUGCAAGUAGCAGCCAUACCCCAUUCACAACUCGCAUCACUGCCACUACCAAAGUUCGAGUUCAUCUCCAUGCACGUAAGUAUCCUUUCCUUGUAGUGACACUGCAACCAGGAAAACUGCAGCAUUUAAGAGCAAGUCUCGUCUUCCCUCCCAUAGCAUGUAAUGGAGGAGAGAGAGGGAUGAACUACAAGCACAAAAGGAGACGGAGUGGGAUCCAAUAUUCAGCCGACCCCGUUUCCUUUCAUUCCUCCUCAUCCUCGUCUUCCGCCUCGUCCUCCUCCUCCGCAUCAAAUCAAGAUGUAUCUUGA